AGAUUUUGGAGUCUUUCCAUUGCAAGGCAGCUCUUAUAACCCCCAAUUCUGUCAGCCUCCUCACCUUCUCUCUAACAAUGGCUUUGGCUUUUGCUGGCAAAGCUGUGGCUGCCUCAGCCAUCUCUGCAAUAGUCCGCAAGUCUUUCGACUAUCUGGAUAGGUGUAUGAAGAUGGAGGGGAUGAGAUCGGUGAAGGAGAGGCUGGAAAGAACUCUCCCACAAGUUCAAUUAAUCUUUGAUGCUAUUGAUAUGGAGCGGAUCAGGGACCAGAGCGAGGCGCUUGAUGCGUGGCUUUGGCAGCUCAGGGAUGCUGUCGAGGAGGCUGAGGAUGUGCUUGAUGAAGUGGAGUACUACAAACUUGAGAAGAAGGUGAAAUCUCGAGGCAACAAGGUGUGCAGCUCUCUGUACAACUGUAAGAGUCUGUUUAUCCAACAGUUCAAUACUACUUUCAAUGGUGGUACUUUUAAAAGGAUGGCUGAUGCCAUGAAGAAACUUGAUGAGGUUGCUGCUGGUGUGGAGCGUUUCAUCCUACUUGUGGAUCACCUUGAUUCUAGUAGUUUGAGGAACAUAUGCCAUCAGAAGGAUGUUGUUAAUCCUCGUGAGACUAGCUCCUUUAUGAUUGAGGAAACUAUAAUUGGCCGUGAUACCGAGAGGGAUCAGAUAGUUGAGUGGUUAAUCGAGCAAGGGGGUGAUAAUCAAAAUCAAGAGUUUUGCAAUGUCACUCUUUUUGCUUUAGUGGGUAUAGGUGGCAUGGGCAAGACCACUCUUGCGCAAGCAGCCUACAAUGACCAAAGAGUGAAGCAGUGCUUUGAUUCUGCUAUGUGGGUUUGUGUGUCCAAUGACUUUGAUGUUCCAGCUCUGACAAGAAAGAUAAUACAAGAAAUUACUGGACGAGGUACUGAUGUCAUUUGUCUAAAUACUCUUCAAGAGAUCCUUAGAGGGAAGCUGAGCUCAAAGAAAUUUUUGCUUGUACUUGACGAUGUAUGGAACGAUGAGAGGAGACCUGACUGGGAGAAAUUAGUAGCUCCAUUAAAGUCAGGUCAGAAGGGAAGCAAAAUCUUAUUGACAACUCGUAUGCAAUCAGUGGUAGACAUCGCUGAGAGAGUAUUAGGAGGGAUGACCAAGUCUAUGAGAUUGCAGGGGCUGCAGGAGAAUGAUCUUUUGGCACUUUUCAACAAGCAUGCCUUUUUUGGGGUAAAUCCUAGCAAUCAUUUUAACUUGCAAGAAGUUAGCAAACAAAUUAUUAAGAAGUUGAGUGGGAGCCCAUUGGCAGCAAAAGUCAUGGGUGGGUUGCUGAACAAUUCUAUGGAUUGCACAUAUUGGAAUAGAAUAUUGAGAGAAAAUAUCUCUAGUAUUGAGCAUGGCAAUGAAGGUGUUAUGAAGGUUUUAAGAUUGAGUUAUCAUCAUCUGUCUCCAAAGCUACAAGCAUGCUUCCGGUAUUGCAGCAUGUUCAGAGAAGAUUAUAGAUUCACAAAGAAAGAGCUCGUUGAGUUAUGGAUGGGUUCAGGGCUGAUUCAGCUAUCUGUCGAUGAAAGCCAGACUCCAGAAGAUGUAGGAGACUAUUACUUGGGUAUACUAUCAAAAAAGUCUUUCAUUGAACUGAGAUCAGAUGUGUCGACACAUCAGUAUGACGGUGGCAGUGAGAUUGGUGUGUCCUGUUAUGAAUACUAUGUGCUACAUGAUCUAUUGCAUGAGCUAGCACGUGCAUUCUCCAUGAAAGAAUGCAUUAGAAUUUCUAGCGAUGCUUAUGGAAUUAUUCCAGAAACAGUUCGGCAUGCAAUAAUUAUAAUUAAAAAUUAUGCUGUGAUCACAGAUUUUUCUAUGUUAAAGAAACUCCGAACUCUCCUCAUAUCCUUCGAUGGAACAAUAAAUCAAAGAGAUCAAUGGAUUGUGCUUCAAAACGUGAUGAAUGCAGCGACUAAAUUACGGGUGUUUUAUGUACACAGAUGCUCAGUUCUGAAGCUUCCUGAUGCUUUUGGUAACCUUUUGCACCUGCGGUACUUGUCUCAUCCGAGUCCAUGGAUGGAAGGUGGAAAAAAAUGCAUUUGGUUCCCUUGUUCUAUAUACAAGCUAUAUCAUCUCCAAAUAUUACGAAGUACAUGUUCAUUGGUAUCAUGGCGGCUGGGAAAUUUGGUUAGUCUGAGACAUCUAGACAAUUCCGUUUCUGUAUUUGGAUUACCCCCUUACUUAGGACGUUUGACUUCUCUUCAAGAAUUAAAUCUUCAUUAUGUUCAAUAUCGGCAUGGUUUGUUCGCAAGUGAGAUUAAGAAUCUAAAAGAUCUCCGUUAUUUGGAAGCUUGUGGUCUUGAAAACGUCAAUGCAGAAGAAGCUACUUUGAUAAAGCUGGGUGAAAAGGAAAGCCUUAAUAUGUUGUCACUCAGUUGGCAUAUGGGCCAAAGAGAUGCAGGUAUAGAUGAAAGAGUGCUAGAUCACCUUCAGCCUCACACGAGUCUUGCUAAGCUGAAGAUUAGUGGAUAUAGUGGUUCCAGAUCACCAUGUUGGAUGGAAAACCCAAUUCUCAACAAUGUGACAUAUAUUUCUCUCUCUGAUUGUCAUCAAUUGCAAUAUCUUCCGCCCGUUGGCAGACUAGCUUCACUCAAGUAUCUCUAUUUAAGGAAUAUGAAUACAGUGAAAACAAUAAAUAGUUCCGUUUACGGAUGUCAGAACCCUUUUGGCUUCCCAUCUCUUAAGUUACUUCAUAUUGAAGGCCUUCCAGCACUAGAUGAGUGGGUUGAACCUGAGACCAGGAAUCUGUUUCCCCAGCUUGAGGUACUAAUAAUCCAACGCUGCAAAGCAUUGAGAAAUGUACCUGCACUACCAUCUACUCUUGCUUAUUUUAAACUAUCUGAUGUUGGUUUAACUACUAUUCCUGCAACAUAUUGUUGUACUGAAACAACUCAACCGCCAAAGUCAUCACACUUCAAGUUGAUAAUCUCUCACUGUCCAAACCUAGUAAUGCUGGAGCCAAACUAUUGUUUUGAGGGUCUGGAGGAAUUACAUGUUGAAGAUUGUAAAAAUUUGAUGCAUUUGCCAAUGGUUCAGUUGCAGAAACUCCCAUCUGUCAAAACUUUCUUGCUGGUGAAAUGCCCAAAUCUGAUAGCUCCACAGGCAGAGAUCAGUCUACCAACAUCUAUCAGACAUCUUUAUAUUGGUUCUUGUGGUGGAUAUGAGACCUCUUUGCUCAAGUCCAUUUGCAGUCUAACUUCCCUUACUGCACUGAAGCUAGAUAAUUGUGUGUUAGUAACUCCACAGAGAGACAUCAGUUUGCCAUCGUCCAUUCAAAAUCUUUAUAUGGGUUCAUGUGGUAUUGGUGAUACUUCUCUGCUCAACUCCUUUUGCAGUCACACUUCCCUUAUUUCAAUGCAGUUAUAUGAUUGUUUGAUGACAGCACUUCCCUCAGCAGAAGUGUUUAAGAAUCUUGCAACAAUGCAGCAUUUGGAAAUUGUUAACUGCAGCAAGCUUGCCACUUUAGAUGGGAUAGAAGAACUGACAAACCUCAGAGAGUUGAACGUCAAUGGAUGUGACAUGCUUGACAAGCAACAUACUGAAGGCUCUGAUCUUCGCCAAGCUGCUGCUGUCUGUCCUUCACAGCUUACAAAACUAGAGAAACUGAGAAUCAGCAGUCCUUCUCUCUUGCAGCAUGGGCCGUUGAGAGGAGUCAAGUCAGUUACUCAUUUGACUAUUGACAAGAGCCAUAGAUGUUUGCCUGAGGGAUGGUUGAUGCAAAACCGCAACCAUCUUAACUGCCUUGCAGUGCGUAAUGCUACUCACUUGGUGUUUCUGCCUUCAAUAAUGGCAAGUCUUACUUCCCUCAAAACCUUGGAAAUUCUCAACGCAGUCCUGCUCCAGUCACUUCCAGAUCUGCCUGCCUCCUUAGAGCGUCUAUUAAUCAUUGAAUGCCACCCUGUGCUGGGGAGAAGAUGCCAAAAAAGAAUAGGCUGUGACUGGCACAGGAUUGCACGCAUCCGGGAUGUGAAGAUUGACCAUAGACCAUCAGGAUACGGGUCAAGUUCCUACAUGGGUUACUACUGGCGUUCUCCUUUAUUCCAUUGGAACACCUUCAGAUUUUAACUCCAGAAGCGAAUACCAUCAUAUAAGAGUAGCGUUCUUCGUAACCAGAAAUCUAGAAUACCUUGAAGUUCGACGUCCACUGGAUUUUUUAUAUCAGUAUCUCUCCAUAAAUGCAUUCAAUCAUCUGAUUACAUGAUUCCCUUAUCAUGUAUGUACAUCAAUGACGAUUAAUGAAAGCUAGAAAGCUGAACUUCUCGAGGCCGUCCUUUUGCUUUUCAGUUAGGAUGUGAUUUGGCUGCAAGAAGAUAUGCCUCGGAGCCUUGCUGAGAGCCUUUCAGACUUCACGGCUGUUUACUACUCUGUACUCUCAACUGCAGAAACCAUGUAGCAGGAAUGCAUGAUCUCACACGCCUGCAUAGAACAGAUGAAACUACAGAAGUGCCAAAUAGCAUGCUAAUGAAACUAUGGAAGUUAGUGGUUCAAGCCCAAUAAAGAAAAAAAAGGGGGGAAAGUUUGGGAGGAUUGGAAGAGCUGGGUGAGAGAUUUACAAUGCUGUAACGUGCUCCUUUUGGCUGGUCUGCUUUCUUUCUAUUUUCCAGCUGAUCGGUCAUCCUUUUUUUUUACUGAAUUAUAUGUUUCUAAGAUAGCCACAUACUCAGCAAGAAGGCAGUGAAAUGUUGUUUGAAACUACCCCUUCAAUGCGUAAUUUCACUGUUGUUUCGUAGACUCCACGUAACAUUUAAUUUCAUAACUCAUCAAGAGUUAGUAUUCAUCGGUUAUAGAUAAAAAAAAACUGGUUCAUU